AUGAAUUUUCAUACAAAACAUGUAAUCUAUUUUAUUUUAUACUUAUCUAAUACUAUAAUGGAACUGCUUGUCACUAGAUGCGUGUUAGAUUGUGUAGAGACACUUCCAGAAUGCUCAAAAAAAAUAGUGCUUUAUAAAUAUAUCCUUACUUUUACAAAAGUUUUGCUAAUUAUGGAGGUAAGUUUGUAUUCUAAGCAUUUUUUUUACAAAAGCAUUGCAUUUCAACAACAGAUAAAAAUAACUCGAAUUUUUUCUAUAAUCUUUAGUUUGUAUCUAGGUUUUAUGUAUGAAUAUUGUAAUUUUAUUAUUUUUCAUAUUAUAUUACAAAUUAUAACUUUAUUUUUUUUAAUAUUUUCUAUGGAAAAUAGAAACGAUAUUAUUUUUCACAGUUACAAUAGAAAAAUAGGAAUAGAUUACUUAAAAAUAAAACUACAUGUGGUGGAUGAAAUGAUAAAUUCAUGUAAAAAUGCUUCCUUAAUAUGGUCAGUAUUUUUAAUAAUGACAGAUUUUUUUUCAACUGGCCGAAAUCCAUUCUGUGUUUUUCAUAUUCUAAAAUUCUUAGUUUUAUAUAUUGAUUACUUGCUCUAUAAAAGUCAUUUAGACAGGUUGUCAUUUUUUCAAUGGACAAAUAUGUUAAUGGGAACAAUGUGGUUUUUUGGUAUACUAGUAAUUGUGCCACUAACGAUAAAAUUUGGCCUUGAGAAAACAAGUGUUUUAUUUGUUUUAGAAUCUUGCUUCACUACAAUUGUGAUCUUAUUGUAUUAUAGAACUGUAUUAAAUAAGAAAGUAAUAAUUACAUAG